GCGCACGCUCUUCUCUUUUUCCUCUGGUAUCUCUGCGCAGGGUGACCGGGCUGGAGCGGGUAUAGGCGACCGUUCCCCCCUCCCCUGGCGGCAAGAGCGCAGAGCACUGAGUCAUUCCCUUCUCCCCGGCUUUCUCUGUUGCACUAACGCGAGCGCGCGCGCGUACACGCACACACACGAGAGCGAUGCCCUCAGCCACCAGCAGCGCCAUGGCGAGCAGCGGCAGCAAAGCGGGAAGUGAGGCAGCGGCAGCAGCUCCAUCCCAGGCGGCGGCAGUUCCGAGCGGUGGCACGAGUUCGGUACAGACCGAGGCCAUGAAGCAGAUUUUGGGUGUCAUCGACAAGAAGUUGCGCAACCUGGAGAAGAAAAAGAGCAAACUUGAUGAUUAUCAAGAUCGAAUGAACAAAGGAGAACGCCUUAACCAAGAUCAGCUGGAUGCUGUGUCCAAGCACCAAGAAGUCAGUAAUAACCUGGAAUUUGCUAAAGAACUACAGAGGAGUUUCAUGGCACUGAGCCAGGAUAUUCAGAAAACAAUAAAGAAGACAGCUCGACGGGAACAACUAAUGAGAGAAGAAGCUGAACAAAAACGUUUAAAAACAGUACUUGAAUUACAGUAUAUUUUGGACAAGCUGGGUGAUGAUGAAGUACGUAAUGAUCUAAAACAAGGAACGAAUGGAGUGCCGGUAUUAACAGAGGCAGAACUGUCAACACUAGAUGAAUUUUACAAGCUAGUUGAACCUGAACGGGACAUGAACGUGAGGUUGAGUGAUCAAUAUGAACAGGCGUCCAUUCAUCUCUGGGACUUAUUGGAAGGAAAGGAAAAACCUGUAUGUGGAACAACCUAUAAAGCCCUUAAAGAAGUCAUUGAACGCAUUCUGCAAACAACUUACUUUGAUAGUAACCACAACCAUCAAAAUGGAUUAUGUGAAGAAGAAGAGACAGCCCCUGCAUCAGCAGUGGAGGAUCCUGUUGCAGAAGCUGAGCCAGAGCCAACAGAAGAAUACACUGAACCCAGUGAAGUUGAAUCAACAGAGUAUGUAAACAGACAGUUCAUGGCAGAGACUCAGUUCAGCAAUAGUGAGAAGGAACAGGUAGAUGAGUGGACAGUUGAAACUGUUGAGGUAGUAAAUUCACUUCAGCAGCAACCACAGGCUACAUCUCCUCCAGUUCCAGAUCCCCACACGCUUACUACUGUGGCUCAAGCAGAUCCUCUCGUUAGGAGGCAACGAGUACAAGAUCUUAUGGCACAAAUGCAAGGCCCCUACAACUUCAUGCAGGACUCCAUGCUGGAAUUUGACAACCAGGCUCUCGAUCCUGCUAUUGUUUCAGCCCAGCCUAUGAAUCCAGCACAAAACUUGGACAUGCCACAAAUGGUUUGCCCUCCAGUUCAUACUGAAUCCAGACUUGCGCAGCCUCCCCAGGUUCCUGUGCAGCCUGAAGCCACGCAGGUCCCUUUGGUUUCUUCCACAAGUGAGGGAUAUACAGCAUCCCAGCCCAUGUUUCAGCCUUCUCAUUCAACUGAGCAGCGGCCUCAGAAAGAAUCAGUUGACCAGAUUCAGGCUUCAAUAACUUUAAAUGCAGACCAGACACCAACAUCAUCACCACUUCCAGCUGCAUCCCAGCCUCAGGUAUUCCAGGCUGCCACUAGCAAACCUUUGCAUAGCAGCGGAAUCAAUGUCAAUGCAGCUCCAUUCCAGUCCAUGCAGACAGUAUUUAACAUGAAUGCACCUGUUCCUCCUGUCAAUGAGCCAGAAACCUUAAAGCAGCAAAACCAGUACCAGACCAGUUACAGCCAGUCUUUCUCCAGUCAGCCUCAUCAAGUAGAGCAAUCAGAACUUCAGCAAGAGCAGCAGCUCCAGACAGUGGUUGGCACCUACCAUGGUUCCCCGGACCAGUCCCAUCAAGUGGCAGGUAACCACCAGCAGCCUCCACAACAGAAUACUGGGUUCCCACGUAACAGUCAGCCUUAUUAUAACAGCCGAGGAGUGUCUCGUGGUGGAUCACGCGGCACUCGAGGCUUAAUGAAUGGAUACAGGGGACCAGCCAAUGGGUUUAGAGGAGGAUAUGAUGGCUACCGCCCUUCAUUUUCCAAUACUCCAAAUAGUGGUUACACACAGGGACAAUUUAAUGCUCCUCGAGACUAUUCCAACUACCAGCGGGAUGGAUAUCAACAGAAUUUCAAGCGUGGCUCUGGACAAAGUGGUCCUCGGGGAGCCCCUCGAGGUCGUGGAGGGCCCCCAAGACCCAACAGAGGGAUGCCUCAAAUGAAUGCUCAGCAAGUGAAUUAAACUAAUUCACAGGAUUACAUUUAAACGCCAAAAACAUACUGGCCAGUGUACCAUACAUGUUACCAGAAGAGUUAUCUCUUUGUUCUCCUUUUUAGAGGAAGUUCAUAGUAAAGGGAUUAUUUUCAUUACCCAUAAAGACAGUUGUCAACUUUAUAUUACCUGGAUAUGGAAAGAAACGGCGUUUACUCUGCAUGUUCUAGCCUAAGCAUCAUCUUGAGCCUUGCAAAUGAAUUCCAGAAUUUUUACCCUUGCUCUGAUUUAAAGAAAAAUUAGCAGUUUCAGGGUAAUGAAAAUCUCAAUAGUUAACAGGCAGAAAUGACCCAUGACUGACUCCAUUGAUAUUCUAUAGCAACGCAGCAAAUUUGGAUAAAAAUCAAUAAAUCCCUAAUUGGUAUAUUUAAACUUACACAAAAGGAAGAUUGAAGAAGCGAAGUGUGAGUUGAUAGCAACUACAUUUCAGCUGUUUUGGUAGAGUGAAGCACUGAACAUUUAUAAUGAUGCCUCUAUGGUAACUAAAUAACAUGGUGGGCAGCUUAUGCACACCCUUAGUUACAGCAUUUUCCUUAUAGGCCUGACCUGCUGUGGCAAAGGGAUGCAUUAAUUGUUUUGUGUUACUGUUGAUAUAUUUCUGCAAACUCCAAAUUAUGCUUUGAUCAGCAUUUUUAAAUUUUCUGUCAUAAAUAGAAGAUGUAAUUUGGAUUGCUAUCCUUAUUACCAAUGUGAAGUGUUAAAGAGCUCUCUCCUGAACACAUUUCUUGGAUAGCAAUGACAUUUGUAAGGAUUGGUAUUCUUUAUCUUUCCUUAUAACUUGCACAUUGUCUGUCGCUAAUACUUGAUCUUGCUGUAUUAUCAUCUAAAUAACUUAUGCAGGUACUGAUGAAAAUUAAUGGAUAUUCAUAACACUUUUGGUCACAUGUUCUUUCUUUUCUGCAGUCUGAAGGUUUUAAGAAAUCUCAAGUCUCUGCUGCUGCCCUUUUAAAUUGCUCUCUUUUGAUAAGCACCAGUAUGUGUUUGGAUUGGUUUUUCCUUUUAAGGGAAAUUACAUCCAGCAGUUACAGAUCUAAGCAAGAUAAAUAAAACAUGUUUAUAAAAAAUG